AUGGCUCCUCACUCGCUUGAACAAGAAGACCACUCGCGCGAUGCUGCCUUCAACAAGGUCAUGCACGGCUCCUCCGCCCAGAAGAGAGGUGGUUUCGCCGCCAUGUUGAGCAAGGGUGCAGACGGUCAAAAGGCCGCUGUCGACGAGUACUUCAAGCACUGGGACAACAAGGACGCAAAGGACGAGACUCCUGAGAUUAGAGAGUACGGUUGGGGUCAAUCCUUCCACUUCUGCCGUUUCGCCUACGGAGAGCCUUUCAAACAAGCCGUCGCCCGUCACGAGCACUACCUCGCUCACGUCAUGAACCUCAAGGACAACAUGAAGGUCCUGGAUGUUGGAUGUGGUGUUGGUGGUCCUGCUAGAGAGAUUGUCAAGUUCUCUGGCGCAAACGUUACCGGUCUCAACAACAACGACUACCAGAUUGAGAGAGCAACUCAUUACGCCGCAAAGGAGGGUCUUUCUCACAAGCUCGACUUUGUCAAGGAUCCUAGNCAAAUGGCUUUCCCCGAGAACACCUUCGACGCCGUUUACGCCAUCGAGGCCACCGUCCACGCUCCUUCGCUCGAGGGCAUCUACUCCCAAAUCUUCCGCGUCCUGAAGCCCGGUGGUGUCUUUGGUGUUUACGAAUGGCUCAUGACUGAUGCUUACGACAACGACAACCCUCACCAUCGUGAGAUCCGUCUCGGUAUUGAGGUCGGUGAUGGUAUCUCCAACAUGGAGAAGAUUGAGGUCGCCCUUGCCGCCAUGAAGGCUGCUGGAUUCGAACUCGAGAUGAACGAGGACCUUGCAGACCGCGACGACCCUUACCCCUGGUACUACCCCAUUGCUGGCCAACUCAAGUAUGCCAGCAGCAUCUGGGAUCUCCCCACUCUUGCUCGUAUGACCAAGGUCGGUCGCUGGACUGCACACAACUUUGUCGGCGCUCUCGAGAGAUUCGGUCUUGCUCCCAGGGGUACCCAAAAGACCGCCGACUCUUUGGCCACUGCUGCUGAUGCCCUUGUUGCUGGUGGCAGAGAGAAGCUCUUCACUCCCAUGUACCUCAUGGUUGGCCGCAAGCCCAUGAAUGCAUAG